GAUGGACCUGUCGCAAAGCGAGCUGCUGCCGCGUCUACUGCUACUGCAACGCAGGCCACAGAAACUGGCUCCUCGUCCUCUAGUACGGAUGCAUCAGCCACGACGACAGGAUCAGCAGCCACGACGACAGGAUCAUCUGCCUCGGAGUCUGGAUCAUCGGCUACGGAGUCUGGAUCGUCGACUACGGAGUCAGGCAAGUCUAAGGCCACGAAGACCUCGAAAACUAGCAGCUCGACCUUUGUCGACCCUCGUCUUCCGCCAGGUGGAAUUUCCAUGAUCACGCCGGCGACUACUACCACCACGUACUACAAGAUCGGCGACUAUGUGACCUUCGCAUGGAACUACACCUCGCUGUCCGUGACGCCGUCUGCCAUUGAUGUCAUCGCCUUCUGCAGCUCGAACAGUGCUACAUACACCCUCGCCAGCAACAUGAGUGUUGGGCCAACGGAUGCGGUGACCUGGGAUACCCACCAGUACCAAGCCACUGCGACAGUGCCUCUUCUGACGGCCUCCUACACGUUGAUUGUCUACGAGGCAGGCACGCAGCCCAGCGAUGUCGCCAGUGCCGGACACCUGGGUGCGAGCAACUUUAUCUUUGGCAUGUAUGUGCCUCAGCCGUACACUCCGCUGAGCGAUGGCUACCAGUGCGUCACCUGCAACGCCGCCCUGUCGGACACGGAGCGUCAAGCCCUGGGCUUCAUGUUGACGAUGGCGACCAUCACGGUGCUGUCGUUCACCUGCUACCAGCUUACCCAACCUAGAGACCACCUACCCACCUACCUAUCUUACCUACCUAAUCAACCAUCUAUCGAUCGAUCGAUCGACCGAUCAAUCUCUCGCGUCUUUAAUAACCGACAUAAAGAGAAGAAAGUCCACUGCGUAUACGCCUAUGUCAUCUCCAGUGUUGGGAAAUUGGAAUUUGAAUUUGAACCUGAAUCUGAAUCUGAACCUGAACUCGAGAACAUUGAACAUGUUUGUUUGUCUGCUAAGUUAACAAUGGACGGCAAUGGCAAUGGCGACGGCGGGCAUUUUUGGGCGUUUUUCUAUUUUGGAAUGAAUGCGUUAGCUGUCAGAUAG